GGGCUGCGAGCAGGAGGCAGUCGCAGGCCCCUGGCCGCAGGAUGGUGGCGGGGCUGUCCCUGGCCCGCAGUCCCGGGAGCUGGCUGGUCCCUGGGCUGUGGCUGCUGGUGCUCAGCUGUCCUGGGGGGCUGGUGAGCGCCCAGGAGCAGCCCUCCUGCAGAGGAGCCUUUGAUCUCUACUUCGUCCUGGACAAGUCUGGGAGUGUGGCAAACAAUUGGAUUGAAAUUUACAAUUUUGUCCAGCAACUUACAGAGAGAUUUGUGAGCCCUCAAAUGAGAUUAUCUUUCAUUGUAUUUUCUUCUCAAGCAACCAUUAUUUUGCCAUUAACUGGAGACAGGGGCAAGAUUAGUAAAGGCUUGGAGGAUUUAAAACAUGUUAGUCCAGUAGGAGAAACAUACAUCCACGAGGGACUAAAGCUAGCAAAUGAACAAAUUCAGAAAGCAGGAGGCUUAAAAACCUCCAGUAUCAUAAUUGCUCUGACAGAUGGUAAGUUGGACGGUCUGGUGCCAUCAUAUGCAGAGAGAGAGGCAAAGAUAUCCAGGUCAUUUGGCGCUAGAGUUUAUUGUGUUGGUGUCCUGGACUUUGAACAAGCUCAACUGGAAAGAAUCGCCGAUUCCAAGGAACAAGUUUUCCCUGUCAAAGGCGGAUUUCAAGCUCUUAAAGGAAUAAUUAAUUCUAUACUAGCUCAGUCAUGCACUGAAAUCCUGGAAUUGCGGCCUUCAAGUGUCUGUGUAGGGGAGGAAUUUCAAAUUGUUUUGAAUGGAAGAGGAUUCAUCUUGGGCAGUCGGAAUGGGAGUGUUCUCUGUACUUACACUGUAAAUGAAACAUACACAAAAAGUGUUUACCCAGUAAGUGUGGAGCUUAAUUCUAUGCUUUGUCCCGCACCUACACUGAAUAAAGUUGGAGAAACUCUUGAUGUUUCAGUGAGCUUUAAUGGAGGAAAAUCUGUUAUCUCAAGCUCAUUGAUAGUCACAGCCACAGAAUGUUCUAAUGGGAUUGCAGCCAUCAUUGCUAUUUUGGUGUUACUGCUACUACUGGGCAUUGGUUUGAUGUGGUGGUUUUGGCCCCUGUGCUGCAAAGUGGUUAUCAAGGAUCCUCCUCCACCACCACCUCCUGCACCGAAAGUGGAAGAAGAAGAACCUCUGCCCACCAAGAAAUGGCCCACAGUGGACGCUUCCUACUACGGUGGCCGAGGGGUUGGAGGAAUUAAAAGAAUGGAGGUCCGUUGGGGUGAUAAAGGAUCUACUGAAGAAGGCGCGAGGCUAGAGAAAGCCAAAAAUGCUGUGGUGAGGAUUCCUGAAGAAGUUGAGGAACCUGUCAGGCCUAGACCACCUCGUCCCAAACCCACGUACCAGCCUCCUCAGACAAAGUGGUACACACCAAUUAAGGGUCGUCUUGAUGCACUCUGGGCUUUGUUACGGCGGCAGUAUGACCGGGUUUCCUUGAUGCGGCCUCAGGAAGGAGAUGAGGGCCGGUGCAUAAACUUCUCUCGAGUUCCAUCUCAGUAAAAGGAAAACAGGAAGACCAAGAAGGUAUGAAGAUACAUCUUCACACUGCUGAUUUCCAACCAAAUGAAAAAAAUAUGCAUUUCAGAAGUUUUUGGAAGAACAGCUUUAUUCCUCUCAGUCAGGAAAUGUUUUCUCUGCCUUCUGCUUUGCUUGCACCAAACAUUUUUAAAUACUUGUUCUGCCAUCUACACGAGAGUUGAUGGAACCCAGGAGUAACUCAUGAUUCAUGACAUUGAAAAUAAAGACUAAUGUUAAUCUACACGCUAUGGUUUAUACAAGAAAGUGCAUUUGAAAGUGUAGAAGAGGAAAAAGCAAAAACGACAGCAUGAAGAUGAUAUCAAAACAGGGACCACGGAACAACUGGCCAUGAUGGAUCUGUAACGGAGAGAGGAGUGUUUUACAUGGAAAUAUGGCACUUGUGUUUUCACAGCGCAAGAUUGUUAGCCACAGGCAGAGUAUGGAAUAUCCCACCAGGCCAAGCAAAUAAAGGAGUCCAUUGCCUUAUAGCUAUGUCAGAUCACAAAAUCCUCCCAAGUCCCCUAUCACAAUGUGCCUUACGGGAAGCUUCUGACUGGAAAAUCUUGUCAUUCUAACACUGAAAAGUGCACACGCAUGACAAAAUGUAGACAGGAUGCCUCAAGGUGUUGGUAGCAAGCAAGAUUUUGCCCUUUAGUUUUUGAAGACACCUUUCUUUCAUUAGGCACCCGGGAAAAGAAGAAAAUUAAUAGAGUGUUAUUCCACAGGAAGACAGCCUGUAAGCAGAGAUCUUGAAUGGAGUUUAAGGGACUUGUGCUUUGAGAACUUGUCUCUGGGAUCGGUAGAUUUACCCCUCUCUCUAUGUUUAGGGUUUAGUAGUGCAUAAAGCAUUAAUAUCUGUAAACAUACCAGGAGUUUGUUUUGCUUUUAAUUUAAAGGAAGCAGUAACCACAAAGCUUCCGCUCAGGGUUUUUCCUUCCUCCAAGUCUCCAAGGGCUCUUCAGCGUCACAAGCCAGCAACUCUCUUUGCAUGAAAAUUUCAAAGUUUAAUUAAUAUAAUUAAAGGCAACAGCAAGCAGCAGCCUGUGAAGAUUUUGCUCAUCUUUUUUAUGCCUUUUGACAUUGAAUGACCUAUUACUGUAUGCGCAUUACUUGGAUUUUGAGGGGCACUCCACCUUGGUUAUGAUUCAGUAGAGGAAAAAAGACCUCCUCUCAUCAAUUUAUAAAUUAAAUUUUCAGGAGGAUCGACCACCACAAAACACCGAAAUGUAUGUAUUAUAAUUUUUUAGAAAAACCACCAUCGUGUCACGUCGACGAUGCCAAAUUAUGUUAGCGUGAGUGGAAACACUGUGGGGGAGGAAGAAGGCAGCAGCUGAAGAAAAAAGCUCAAAUGAUCUAGUCACUUUCGAUACUGUACUUCAGAUGCGAAAUGGAUAUUCGACUCGAAACCUGACAAAGCGCGCCUGCUUUGAUGUGAACUGGUAUAGACAAUGACCAGUGGCUGGGUCAGUGGGAUGUCUCUCUGUGAGCACAAAGGCUUAUCAAAUGACACUAAAAAUAAGUUCAACAACCAUCACAUUGGAAGGGAGAAGGCGAGCAUUUCAUGUUUGGCGGGCAUGUGUGUGCACAAGAUGGAAAGAGCGAUUUGGAGCAUCCCAGUAUAAUUACCCCCAUUGUGCUCUUAAUGGAAAUUUCAAAGGACGGGAGUGAUUCUCUUGGUUGGUGUCCAGAUCUGUGGCACUGCUCCGAGAAGCCUUACUCAAGCACACACAAAUAUAAGUAUACAUGCAUAUCCUCUAGCUUGAAUCUUUUUGCUCAAGUUUAUUUAUGUCACUGGCUGGCUGGAUCCAAAGUCAUGUGUCUACAUAUUCAUAAAUAAAAUUUUACCUGUG